ACUAGCGACCUGUUCCUCGCGCGGGUUUUGUGCAACUACUCGUUUCCAGCUUGUUGGGCUGCUUGGUUUUGCCGACCUACUCGCUACGUGAAAAAGCAAUUCAUUGAGUGAAUAUUAGUAACCUGUUUUUCUGACCCCCUUGGCACUGAAAGGGUUAAGUGUCAUUUCAGAAGAUGGAUGCUGGAAAUAGCCACCGCCGCCUCAGUCACAGGCAGAAUGACCCCAGACUUAUUGUGCUGGUAACUGGAGGCUCCGGAUUCCUGGGCAACAGAAUCGUCCAGUCCCUACUGACAACGGAGUGGGUGCGCGAGGUGCGAGUGCUGGACUUACUGUGCUCCGAGUCGCUCCGCGAGUUCGGCGAAGGGGACGUGCGGAAAACGAUAGCGUGGAUGAAGGGCAGUGUGACUAGUACUGGGGAUGUGGAACGCGCAGUCAGCGGAACCGACAUUGUGAUACACACGGUAUCCGUCGUAGCGGAGGGGUUCAUGUCGCCGGCCGCAGUGGAGGCGAUUAACGUCGGUAGCACUGAGUGCAUACUUAAGGCGUGCAGCCAAGGCAACAGCACGACUCGCUGCGUUGUAUACGCAGGUACUGUUGCGGCAACCAUCACGGACGCGUACGUACCGAACAAAGACGAGUCAACGCCUCUGCCGGAACCGGCAGUCACCAUAGGUGAGUAUGCUCGCACCAAGAACCUUGCCGAACGUCUGGUGAUCUCUUACGAUGGCCAGUCGAAGGGCAGUCGCGGUGCUGCUGGGGGUGGUGGUGAGCUGCGAACGUGUGUUCUCCGGUGCCCGCCGAUGUACGGCGAAGGUGAUCCGUACUGCGUGACCCCGCUGAUCGACUCCGCCAAGGCCUGCUUCGGAUACGCGCCCAGCAUUCUUGAUCCGGUGCUUGUGCAAACCGGAUACGUUGGCAACAUGGCGGACGCCUUCGUGGUGGCUGGUGAGAAGCUAGCGCGCGACCCUUGCGACGCAGCCGGAAAGGCGUUCUUUGUUGGAGAUGACACACAGGCAAAGAGCAUGACCGACUUUUGUCGCCCGAUCCUGAAGCGCCUGGGCUACUCUGUGCUGCCUGUACCAAUACCGUCCAUCAUUCUCUUGCUGCUGGCGUAUGCUGUGCAGCUGGUGUUCUCAAUUGUCUCACUGUUGGUGCCGUUGAAUCCGGCUGGAUUCACACUGACUCCGUCCAGAGCACGGCUCAUGAGAGCUCCUCACACGUACAGUGACCGUUUGUUUCGUGAAGUGUUCAAAUUCCAGCCUCCAGUCACUCCAGAGAGGGCAAUGGAGGCGACCGUUGAGUACUAUUGCGAUCGUCAACGACAACGAUAACAGACCUUACAUGCCCGGUACCAGAUAGUAAAUGGACAAACAACAUCUAUUCCACCUCUCAAUGAGGUUACAUGUAUUAUAAUUUUAGUACUUGUGGUGACCAUGUUGAAGAACUACCCACUGUUGUUCAUUGCAAUGACAUUCUCCAAACUGUCAGUCUUCGUCUAGUCGCGUGCAUAGAUUUGUUGUGUCAGAUUUAGUAGAAGUUUUUUGAAUUUUGUCUGAAAGGGCUGUAUCCACACGUGUGCAUGUCCUUUAAUUACAGGGUGUCCAAUGGUGUGCUUGAUAAUGGUGCGAGACUGAUCAUGUAUUAAGAUUUUGUAACACCGGUGCUUCUCAGAGAGUAAAGUCAUAUCGUGCAAUAAAAACUAUAAUGUUAACAGUAGCCUUCUUGCUCUAUGACUACUGUAAUUUCACUAAUGUUCGGUGUACUUUUAUUUUCGGUACUUUCGGUGCGUCUGUUUCAUACCUAAAAUUUCAAUACACCGAACAAAUAUUAACACACAUAAUCCAAUAGGGAACUGCUUCUCUGUACCGAAAAUUUCUGUUCACCUAACCUGGCCUGUUGCCCUCAUACCGAAAAUAUUGAGCACCGACAAUUUCUGAAAUUAGAGUAUUUCACUUUCA